CAGCAGCGCCGACGCUCGAUUGAGCAGGCCUGGGAGAGGCUCCCAGAGGGCUGCGCGCUCCUGACCUCGGGUGCUGUCAUGGCGGGUGCGUUGAAGAAGACCACCGGCCUGGUGGGAUUGGCUGUGUGCGACACUCCACACGAGAGGCUAACAAUAUUGUAUACAAAGAUUCUUGAUAUUCUGAAGCAGUUCCCUAAACAUGCAGCCUAUAGAAAAUACACAGAACAGAUCACCAAUGAGAAGCUGGAUAUGGUCAAGGCGGAACCAGAUGUUAAAAAAUUAGAAAACUUGCUUCAGGGUGGUGAAGUAGAAGAGGUGAUUCUUCAGGCUGAAAAUGAACUAAGUCUGGCAAGGAAGAUGCUGCAGUGGAAGCCAUGGGAGCCACUGGUGGAAGAGCCUCCUGCCAACCAGUGGAAGUGGCCAAUAUGAUUACAGUGUCUGAUGGCUGAUGCCAAUUAAAUGUGCAAUUAAAUGUUCUGUUAUGCUAAAA